UUUCGUGAAUUGAUUGUGAAUAAUAAAUAAUAAAUAAGUGAUAAGUUGUGUUCCCAUUCAUCGUAUCCUUUAUGAGAUAACAUGAUAUGAUUAAGUGAUAUAAUUGUCGCCACAAUUCUUGAGUGUCUCAGCAGAUCCUCACAUCUCAUGCAAAGUAUGCCAAUCAUUGACAGAGGAAUCAAAAGUUAAAUUCAUUUCAACAUUCACUCAGCGUUUGGCAAAUAAAUGAUAGAAACAGAGAUAUAAUUAAUUAAAACACAAUACAAAGGGAAGUGUUUGUGAGAAAAGUUAUUAAUAGGGAAAGAGUGGUAUUAUUGGAAGUGAUUAAUGAUAAUCGAUAGCCAACCAGACGUCCGGACACAGAGAAUGGGUUGUAGACUGACUGCAGCGGGCAUUAUGUGGACAAGUCUAUCAUUAGCAGCUGCCAUCCUAAACUGUACUGGCUAUUACGUCCCCCAUUGGCUCAGGGGGUCCUACCAUAACGCCAUCGAUGUGUCAUUUGGAUCGUUCCGAAGAUGUAAUUAUCCGCGACUCACAAAUGAGGGUAAACUAGAAAUAGUGAUUGAAUGCGGGAGAUAUCGCACUUUCGCUGACAUACCAUCCCUAUCCUGGCAGAUCACCACAAUUCUGAUGGGAAUGGGAUGCCUACUGAUGGCGUCGGGAGGAAUCGUAUACCCCUACGGUUGGACCAGCCCUGAAGUUAGGGACGCCUGCGGGGGUCACUCGGAUGUCUAUAAACUGGGUAUUUAA